AUGAUUGAAUCUACAACUUCACAUCAAAAUCAUCAAGAUUUCAUUGUUCAACAAAGGCAAAUGAGUGGAUAUGCUUUAGUGCAGCCGGCUUAUCGUUAUCGCGGAGCAUUGUUUAGACAUCCACAGGAUGGAAGAUUAUUGUCAGGUAAUUUAAUUAAUUGAGAAAAAAAAUGAGAUAAUCCCAUGUCAAGGACUUUUUUGAUAGAAAAUUUGUUGAUUUUGUGAAAAAGAUCGAAAUAGUAAAAACAUUGAUAGAAAGAUUUUGAAAUCACUAGAAACAUGAGGGAGAUUUUUGAAACAGUGAAUUUAAACUAUAACUAGGGUAGCUUCAAAAAUGUGUUCAAUAUUUUCAAAAAUUCUCAAUUUUUUUGAAACAGCGAAUUUUUGGAAUUUGUUCUUUUUUGAAGAAUUUAAAAUUAUUUAAUUUUUCAAAUAUUUUUUGGAUUCACUAGACUACUAAAAUGUAGAAGCAGAUAAUGUUUUGAAUUUCAAAUUUUUGAAAAUUAAUUAAAAACUCACGAUAAUCUUUGCAGGCUGCGGUGGCGACAUCGAAGUAAUCCACGCCUUCGAACUCGAUCGUUCUCAAAACACCGGAAUCCCAGUUCGCGUCACAAAUGUCGUUGUUUUCGGCUCAAACGAUGUGAUUCGCGAAAUCCAAGCAAUCGAUGGAACUGAUGACGUCAUUGUUCAUGGCGAUUAUCACACUUCAAUUGUUCAAGCAGUCGAAUUAUUUGAGAGUUCAAUCAUCUCAAAAUCACGAAUUCUUCGACUUCCGGGCAAAAUUAUUGCAGUCAACGCUGAAAAACAUUCGAAUACUGAGGUAUGCCUUUUUUGAGAAUGGGAAAACUCACUGAAAAAUGUUUUUCAGCUACUUUUGGUAUUUUUGCUUGAAACAGGCUUGUAUCACUAUAGUUUUUGUGCUCAAACAUCCAAUCAUUUUCAAUGUAUCCAAGCGUUUCGUUGCAAGUGAGUUAGAGAAAAUAAAAUGAAAACAGGUUUUGAAAAAUGGGGGACGAACGUCACGUGACCUAGAAACCGACACGACCACUAUUAUUUUUUCCACGCAUUUUUUCAUUUCCUCCUUUUCAGCCCCAAAUACACAUAGAAAAAAAUAAAACAUUUUUCUUUUCCACGUGAAAUUGCGGACUCAUUGUUCUGACCGCGUGAAGACACACGACUCCGCCCUCUUUUAUUUUCAAAAUUUGCAAUUUUGCGGCGCACUCUCUAAAUUUCAAUGGAAAAAAGAACGAAAUUUCUUUGACACGUGGAAAAACGUGAAAACGAGACGGGCUUUUUCGAGUCUGCAAACACCGGACAGCAGCAAAAAUUGUUCUAUUUUUUUCUAUGUGCAAAUAACUGAUUUUCAGCCGGCCAAUUUCAUCAGGUCUUCUUUGGCGAGAUAGCGGACUUCUUCACGUGGCAUAUUAUGAUGGAUAUGUUCGAGUUGGUGUUGUACAUGAACAAUAUGAUGAUAUGUUAUUAGUCAAAAGAGUUGCUGCAAAUUCGAAUAAUUUGCCAGUUUUAUUAGAUGUUGUCGCAGAGGAAAUGAAAAGAAUUACGAAAUUCGAAGAUACGGAAAAAUUGCGAAGAGAAGAAAUGUUGAAAAUUUCGCGAAGUUUGGGAGAUGUUUUGAAUUCGGAAGAAGCUGAAACACAACAAGGAGAUCAAGAAAAUCAGGAAAAAGAGAAUGAAAUGUUUGCGAAAUUGAAAAUCGAUUUCAAAAAUCAAUCAAUUCGAUGUGAAAGAGUUUCGCAACGAUUGAUUUGUUUGAAGAAAUUGAUAUCUUUGAUAAAUUCGACGAUGGAUAUGAAUGAAAAUAUUGAAAUGAAUAUUGGAUUUUUGGUAACUGAGAUUGAGGAACUUGCAAAAUUGGAACAACUUUGUGAGCAAGUUGAACAGACUGGAAAUCAAAAUUUGAUUGGGAAAAGUUGGAUUGCUGUGGAGGAAAAGUGAGGAGUUUGAGGGUUUUGGGUGAAAAAAAUUGACUGUUUCAAAAUUUUGAUUAAUAGAGUUUUGUGAAAAAUAUUUCAUCCUGAUCGUAGUUUCAUUGGAAAAAUACGAAAAUGAUUCAGAAAAAAAUUGCCAGAAUUUUCUCACAACAAAUACUGUUUCUAAUUUUUUAUUUCUCAGAUUUUUAGUUGUAUUCUCAUUGUGAGAAGUAAUAUAUUUUCCGAAAAAUCUGAAAAAAUAUAAUACAAUUUUAAAAUUCCAAAAAACCUACUGUUUCUAAACUUUUUAUUCUUCUAGAAAAAUGGUAGUCGACGAGCUGAUCUCAAAAGUGAACAGCGAAAAAAUCAAAAAAUACGCGGAUGAUUGGAAUCAAAACAUUGCUCAUAUUAUAGAACAAUUGAAUGGAUGUUCAGAAUCAGCAAAAGAUAUGCGAUUGAUUAUUUCGCAAAAUAUUUUCGAACAUCGAGGCGAUAAAAAGGAUAUUUUCACACAUUUUGUUUUGGAUGCAAAUUCACGAGAUGUUACUUUGUAUUGUUUAUCCGGUUUGACAACUUUGGCGAUUUAUCCGAGAAAAGGAAAAAGGUUAGGGAAAUUUGGGCCGAAAUUUGGGAGGGGGGAAUAGAAAGAUCAUUGUCUGGAAGAAAUAUAUUUUUUUAAUAUGAAUUCCUGAAACAGUGAGAUUUUUUGAAAACAAAAACUCAGCAAUAAAUUCACUGUUUCAAAAUUGUUUGAUAAUUAUUUCUUCUCUGGUUUAUUUAAUUUGAAGUGUCCUAUUCCACAAAUUCAAAUUUCUUGGAAUAUUUUUUUGUCAAAAUAUCCCCUUCAAUUUAGCGGGUUUUUCUGUAAUUUAAUUUUCAAAAAAAAAUUGGAUUUUUGAAUUUAAAAAAAUUUACUGUUUCAAAAAAUUAUUUCAUGUUUUGGGUGAUAUUGAACGCUAAUAGUUCACUGUUCUUGUAAUUUUGAAUAUUUUCGGAAUUUUUUUAGUUGAAACAGUAAAAAAUUUGUAAUUAAAAUUUCUAAUAAAAAUUUACCAUUAUUUGCAGAGUUGCUUCAAUUUCUCUCGACGCAAGUUUCGCAACAAAUCUGACAGCAGCUUGUUCGAUGAAAACAAUUGAAGGAGUCUAUGUGGCUGAUCAAAAUGGCGUGUUCCCAAUUUAUUUUUACAGGUAUUCAUUUUUUUUUCUAUUUUUCUCAAAUUCUUACGUAAGCUGAUAUUUCAAUUCCCAAGUUUUUCAGCAAUUUUUUAUCUGUAAGUCAUUGUUGUGUUGUAAUUUUGCUUUUCAGAAAUCGAGCGAAACCUGGAAAAGGGUAAUUUAGAUAAAAACAUUUCCCACUUCUUUCUAAAAUAAAAUACACCCUUGCAUGAAAACGGUGGAAAAUCUAAUGAUUUCGAGAUGAAAAAUUGAGUUUUUCAGAGAAAAACGAUUUUUGGAUGCUGGAAAUCAAUUGGCAAUUCCGAGUUUUGAUUGUAUUUCGUCGAUUUUGAUUGAACCACAUCAAAUGGUUAGUUUUUUUGGGAGUGUGGGAUUUUUUGGGAAUAUUUUGGCGCCAAAAGUCAAUGUGAAAUUAAUAUUUCCACGUGAUUUUUUAAAGAGAGAAAGUUUUCAUAAAAUUUUAAAAUCUGAAAAAUUCACUGUUUCAAAAUUUGUUGAUAAUUUUUCACUUUUUAGUUAUUUUGAUUCCGAUAAUGAACGUACGUUUAUUUCAACUUCAAACAAUCAUGAAACUUCCAGAUUAUUUAUGGUUUUUGAAAAUCUUAUAGUUCAAAUUUUGGCACCAAAAAAUCCACGUGAAAAUAACGUAUUUCUUGUUCAAAUAUGUAGUCAAAAUGAUAACCAAGUUUUUUGGCACGAAAAACACAAUAAAACUUUAUUUACAAAAUGCACUGUUUCAGAAAAUGCGAAGUUUUUUGAAAUUGUUUUAGAUCAAAUUUUGGUGUCAAAAAUUCCACGUUGAAAAAUUCCAUUUUAUGUCUUUUUUUUUGAAAAUUUUGAGAAAAAAUUUUAAAUUUGAAAAAAAAAGUGACUGUUUCAAAAUGCGUUGAUAGUUUUCAAUCUUUUAAUUAAAUUGAUUUUAAAAUCAUUUUCUAUAUUAAAUUUGUUUUUUCAAAGUAUUGUAAUUUAUAACCAGACUUAUAUUUUUGAAAAAUCAUUGAAAAUCCUUAUUUUCCAUCUCAAUUUUCAAUAUUUCAUUGCAGAUUCUUGGAAGUGUCACUGGCGGUCUAAUCCAUUUAUCAUUCGAUUUUGCAUCAAAUUACGAUCAUUUCAUAAUUGCAAGUAGUAUAUUAGCUCAUCCAAUAUCAACUGGUUCUGUGAAUUGUCUAAAAUUACUUGGAACUGGCGAUUCUUUAUUAGCAAUUCAUGCAACUGAUAAUGAAGUUGUUGUAUCGGAAAAAGAUCAAGAAAGAUGGCAUCGAGUAACACAACAUACUGGAGGAGCACAUAAUAUUGCAGUCACACCAUUUUCGAUUGAUGAAAGAGGCGCUUUUGCGGUUGUGGCUAGCAGAAAUUUUGUGAGAAUUAAGGCAUUGCAAUAUGCUGAAGGUAAGUGGUUUUUUGAGAGGGGGAGGAUUGAAAAAAAAUUACUGUUUCAAAAAUUCAAGAAAAAAGUUUUGUUCUGGGUUUCAAGCUUCUUUUUUUUUGAAAAAAAAUGAAUUUCAUGAUUUUUUAAUGCCAGAAAAAUUCACUGUUUCAAAAUUUUCUCAUAAAUUUUAUGCGAAUUUAAAAUUCACUAAGUAUGUUGGAUUUCAUCGCUUGAAUAACAUUUUUAUGAACCAAAAUUCACUUUCAAAAAUUUCAAUAAAAACUUUUACUGUUUCAAAAAGUUCUCAAAGUUUCAACCAUAUUUCAAAUGUUUUGAUGUAACCAGCCUCUCGGAACAACAAAUCCAAUUUUUUUUUUUCAGAAAGUCUAAUUGGUCUACACGAUUUGGGUGAAUCUCGAGCCGAAGAUGAAAAUGGUCGACCAAUUGAAGUAUUGAAUGUUAGCUUGGAUCCAUCAAUGCAAUAUCGACAAUUACCGUGUAAACUGAGAUAUGCUAUUGGAUUUGCGGAUAAAGCUAUUAGGUUCGUGGUUUUUCAGAGGGAAAAAUGAUAUUUGUAUUUUUAUUGGUUGAUAGGAGGAAUAAUACUAGAAGUUUUUUCCCAAAAUUCAUUCAAGUGAAAAUUUUGAAGCGUAUUUUUCCUUGAAGAAUUCAUAUAUUUUUGAAUCAGCAGUUCCGAGAAAUCUUUAAGAGAAAAAAAAAUCAAUUUCUUCCAGAACCUACGUGGCUCUUCUAACUGGUCAACACGAUUUUCUGGUGACUGAAAAAUUCAUUGCUCAAAUCGAGCCACUUUUUGCUGUCCAAAAUAUGAUUUGUUUUCACGGAAGACCAAUGGGAUGUUAUGUUUCGUGUGCGAAAACAAUUCAAAUUUGGAAUGAUUUGGAUAGACAUCAACAGAAAAAAUUGAAAAGUGAAAGAAUGCAGUUGGUUAAGGUUAGCUCUUUUUUCUGAGAAUAUGAAAAAGCCAGAUCGAAAUUAUUAAAAAUGUAAUUUUUGAAUUGUCUGCAGUUUUCAUACUGGUUUCUAAAAAUUAAAAGAAAAUCUUAUUAAUAUUUUGAAACAGUGAAAUUUUUUCGUUUGAAAAUCACUUUUUUAAUUGGAAAAUAAAUAUUCCAUUAUUUUUCCUCACUUAUAUUUUUUUUCAGCUUCAAGUUGCUGUAACUUGUCUCGAACGAAUUGAUGGCUAUCUUUUUGUUGGAUUUUCUGAUGAUAAAGUUUCAAUUUACGAAGAAAAAUCAAAUGGAUCGAUUGAAUUUAUUGGAAAUAUUGAAAAAUGGCAUAAUUUGGCUGAAAUUAAAGAGCAAAAAUCAAUAAAUUCUUUAAAAGUUCGAGCUACAAAAACAUCAAAUGGUGUUCGAUUCUUUCUUCAUUCUCUUACUUCACAUCACAUUUUGAUUCAUACGGUUUUGCUUGGAGCGAAUUUGAACUCGAAUUCUGCGGCCAAAAUUGAAGAACAUGAUUUUGUUUUGGCGCACGAACAUUCGAUGUAUCAACCGAAUGGAUUUGAAUUUGUUUCGUAUAAGUGAGUUUGACACGGGUUUUUUUUUAAAUUGUCAUAUUAGUUUUCAUUCCAAAAAUUUUAGUCAAAUUUCCCAAAAAAAAUUUACUGUUUCAAAAAUUCUAUUAAUUUUUCCUGCUUUUUUGAAUUCCGAUUCUUCAUGCCGAUUCUACCAAAAAAACCCAUGUUUUUCUAGAUAUUUCGAAUUUUUGGUGUAUGGCAAAGGAAUUUCAGUCGAAACACUUUCAGCUGAAAAUCGCAAAAAAUUGGACGAUUUUCGAGAUUUUGAAUUUAUGUAA